AUGGCCGCCAUCUACAAGCUCCCCUCCCUCUCUCCUCUUCCUCCUUCUUCCUCCGACUGCACUAGCUAUUAUCAUUCAGUCCGCACAAACCCAAACACCCUCUGCUGUCUCCGCGCCGCCUCCCCUUUCACCGAAAAGCACUCCCUCCAGCAGUACCGCCGUGACAACUGGCUCUAUAAGGAGCACCUUCCGCCUUUCUCUUCUUCUAUUCCUUCUCCUCCCCCAUUUCGUGAAGGUGAUGAUGAAGAUUCCAUCAUGCAAAACGACAUCGCAUUGCAGCUCCCGGAGCUCAAGAAGCUGCUUCAAGUCCUCAGGGAAAAGAGACUCCUAACGCAACAACAUUCUUCUCCCGACGGCGAUUCUCAGAAACCCUGCUGCGGAAGUGCCUUCUUGGUCGGCACUGGCCCUGGUGACCCCGACCUCUUGACAAUCAAAGCUCUGCGAGCAAUUCAGAAGGCUGAUCUCUUGCUUUAUGAUCGGUUGGUCUCUAAUGACGUUCUCGAUUUGGUUGGCCCCGAUGCUCGAUUGCUCUACGUCGGCAAGACUGCUGGCUACCACAGUAGAACCCGGGUAAAAUAA